AUGGUGAAGAUGAUGAAGGUGAUCAUGGUGACGAUGAAGAUGAUGAUGAAGAUGAUGGUGAUGAAGAUGAAGGUGAUCAUGAGUGCAGGUGAGGAGUGGGUUGCAGCAGCCAACACAGAGACAAAGGGACAGGAGCUCAGGAUUGUACUUGUUGGGAAAACUGGAGUCGGGAAAAGCACAGUGGGAAACACCAUCUUAGGGAGGAAGGCUUUUGAAUCUAAGCCAUCUCCGUCCUCAGUGACAGAAAAGUGUCAGAAGGAAACAGGAGAUGUUGCUGGUCGAACACUGGCUGUUGUUGAUACUCCAGGUCUGUUUGACGCCAAGAAAGAAAAAAAAGAAAAAAAAGAAGAAAAAGAAAAGGAGGUGAAGAGAGAGAUCGCUAAAGCCAUCUCACUUGCUGCUCCUGGUCCUCAUGUGUUCCUGAUCGUAAUCCAGCUGAACAGAUUCACUGAAGAAGAACAAGACACAGUGAAAAUCCUUCAGGAGGUGUUGGGAAAAAAGUCAAGAAACUACACUAUGGCCUUGUUCACCCAUGGAGACGACUUGGAGGAGGAGGGAGUCUCCAUAGAGACAUUCAUCGAUGAGAAUCAGCCUCUCCGUGACAUCAUCAGUCAGUGUGAUGGAGGUUACCAUGUGUUUGACAACAGAGACAAGAAUCUCCUUCAAGUCACUGAGCUGCUGAGAAAGAUCAACAUUAUGGUUCAGAGAAAUGGAGGAAGCUGCUACACCAAUGAAAUGUUUGAAGCAGCUGAGAGCGCCAUAAAAGAAGAAGAGGGACGUCUGAGGAGAGAAAAUCCAGAUAUUGAUCAGGAAGAAGCGAGAAGACAGGCAGAGAGAAACAAUUCCUUUAUUAAGGCGGUUCUAAUGGGCGCUGCUGCUGGAGCUGCUGCUGGAGCUGCUGCUGGAGCUGCAGUGGCAGGUUUAGUUGGAGUGGGAGCUGGAGCAGGAGCUGCAGUGGGAGGUCCAGUGGGAGCUGGAGCAGGAGCUGCAGUGGGAGGUUUAGUUGGAGGUGUAGUGGGAGCUGCAGCUGUGGCAGUGAAGAAGAAGGCCUGCAUCAUACAGUGAUAUUCAAUAUUAAUGAUCUAUUAGCUGCAGCUCAUAACAGGGAAUCGUCAUGGUAACAGUUUAAUCUUUCUUUGAUCACGUUUAUUUUUUCUGCUUUUUAUAGAUCAUGAGCAUCUUCAUUAAUCAUUAUUGAUUAUUCAUCAUGUCAUUAAUGGGACACUUUCUAACUCUUUGAUGUAAAACGAUCUACAUGUCAUACUGUGUAAUAGAAGCUGUAACAGACUCCAGACACACUGCACUUGUUUUAUUGAAUUAUGCAUCAUUAAUCAAAAAGAGGAAACAAACGUUUUAAUAAAGUUAGGUUAGAUCAGGUGAUGUGAAGAAUGAAGUGAGGUGUUGGUUCAUAUUUCCCCAUGUGAUUCAUCUGUCUUCUAACACUUUAAUAAACAUAAAUGUUUCAGAUGAAAAUCUGACUCUGGGUUAUUAUUGAUCAACAGUUAUUUAAGUAACAGGCUUGAACAUUAUGGAUGAAUGACUGUUGAUGUGUUGAAAGUACAGUGCUCUGACUCCUGGUGGUCAGGUGGUAUCUCACACUGUCACAUGUCUAAUCACCUGUGUUGUUU